AUAUAGUCACUCUAGUAAAACCCUGAAGCCUGAACUGAACUAAACAGUUUUUCGACAUCAGUUCGGUUCGGUAUCGGUAGUCAAUAAUUAUUCGCGAUCGUCAGGCAAUAUGUAAUGUUUUAGUUAUUAUUAAUCUACUGUUGUAUAUUUAUCCAGCAAACAAGAGCGGUUUAUGUGUAUAUUACAUAUCUCAUUUCAAUUAUAAAUUUGACGCAUUAACAGUUUUACACCUGAAAUUUAACAACCUGACGCGUAUUAUGGUACAUAAUACAUAGUAGUUGCAAUCAAAAUAUUUUAAAACACGAAAGAAAUACGGGUGGAUAUUAGAUUAUCAUUAAUGAUGUCUCGUGGUCCUGGUCCACUACCGAAUCGAUGGCUUUAUUGCCCACGCCAGUCCGAAACACUAAUAGCAGGAAAGUUUCUAGCUUUUAAAACACCAUUAAAAGAUGAUUUCGAGUCUCAGAUGCCGGCUGAAUGUUGUUUUACACCAGAAAUGCUCUUCCAGUUGAUGAAAACAUAUAAUGUAAAAAUUGGACUUUGGAUAGAUUUGACUAAUACAGACCGGUUUUACGAUCGUAAUGAUGUCGAGCAGAACAAGUGUAAAUAUGUAAAAUUGCAAUGUCGUGGACACGGAGAAACUCCAACGCAGGAACAAACCAAUGCUUUUAUUGAACUUGUGGAUGAGUUCAAUCGAGAUCAUCCUAUGGAAAUUGUCGGAGUGCAUUGUACUCAUGGGUUUAACCGUACGGGAUUUUUAAUUGUAUCAUACGUGGUAGAGAAGUUAGAUUGGUCAGUUGAGGCAGGAUUAUCUGCGUUCGCUAAAGCACGACCACCCGGUAUAUAUAAGGCUGAUUAUAUCAAAGAAUUAUUCCGACGGUAUGAAGAUGAGAAUGACGCCACACCUGCACCUGCUCUUCCUCAAUGGUGUAAUCAAUACGACGAUUCUAUCGAGAAUGAUGUCGGCAACGAUAACGAGACAUUAAGAUCGAAACGCAACAUGGAUGGCGAAAGCAGUUCCUCGAUAAAUGAUUCUAUUGGCGGAAACAAGAGGAAAAAAAUGAGAAAGGAAUUCCUCAAUAAGAAUGCCAAAUUUAUGGAAGGUAUUAGCGGUGUUUCACUUGUGCAGGACCAACCACGAGUUAGUCAGCUUCAGCAACUAGUACAAAACAUGUGUGGCUGGAAAUCAACCGGUUUUCCCGGUUGCCAGCCUGUUUCCAUGGAUAACAAUAACCUUAAAUUACUACAUCUCAAGCCCUAUAAAGUAUCAUGGAAAGCUGAUGGUACGAGAUAUAUGAUGCUUAUUGUAAAAGAAAACGAAAUAUAUUUCUUCGACCGUGACAACUCAUGUUUUGCGGUUAAUGGUAUCAGCUUCCCCAACCAUGCGGAUUUACACAAUCAUUUAAAAAACACUUUAUUAGAUGGGGAAAUGGUUAUAGACAUCGUCGGAAAACAGCGCAAGCCACGAUAUCUAGUUUAUGAUAUCAUUCGCUAUGAAAAUGAAGACGUUGGGAAAAAACCAUUUGAUAAAGAUAGGUUGCGGUACAUUGAAACGAGAAUUAUUGGGCCUCGAACUGAAGCAAUGAAGCGAGGAUUGAUUGAUCAAAACCGCCAACCAUUCAGCAUAAGAAAUAAAGCAUUCUGGGAUGUGACACAGGCAAGAGCGUUAUUGGCACCGAAAUUCGCUAAGACGCUUGCUCACGAGCCAGAUGGAUUAAUAUUUCAACCUGCCACGGAACCGUAUGUUGCUGGAAUGUGUCCAGAAGUUCUUAAGUGGAAGCCAAGUACAUUAAACUCUGUAGAUUUCAGACUGAAAAUAGCCGUAGAGAAUGGAAUAGGAAUGGUUCACAAAAAAAUAGCGCUUUUGUAUGUAGGAGGGCUGGAUAUACCCUUUGGCCAAAUGAAAUUGACAAAGGAAGUCAGUGCACUAAAUAACAGGAUUAUUGAAUGUAAAUUUGAAGAUAAUAAAUGGGUUUUCAUGAGAGAACGAACCGAUAAAUCGUUCCCAAACAGCUAUGACACGGCCAAAAGUGUAUUUCAUAGUAUUCGCUAUCCUGUAACUACAGACAUUCUUCUCAAUUUCAUCGAUAUUCACAGAUAUAAGGAAGCGUAGAACAUCUUUCCCGUCAGUGUUUUAUGAAUAUCUCACGAAUCAUGCAUAUAUUAGUAAAUCCCGCGAAUGCAUAUUGUAAAUAUUAUUGAUGAAGUCAACGAACAAUAAAUAUGUUUGAGCGUUCAGAAGCGUUUAUACAAGAUACUUAUUUAAAACAAGAUUAUGCCACUCAAUAGUUGACUUUCGUAGACAAAUUAAAAAUUAAAAAGAAAGAAUACGAAAAAAGAGUGCAGUAAAAAGAGCAAUUUGUUUUCU